UUUUGCCAAUUUGUCUCCAAAGUCGCUACUACAUCUUUUGCCGUGCCCCCAAAGGUGCCAAAAAAAUACAAAAACGCAGAGAUGAUGGUGAGACGGGGCCUUCUUCUCCAUUUUGCAUUGUUCUGUUUGUCCUAUGUUGCAAAAUGUAAAGUGCCCAAUGGAGGAGGGUACGAACAUGCGCAUAGCAGAUUCGUCCAAAGUAAAAUUAACGUCCUGACUUGGUUGACCAACGUGUACGUAGGAAAAACGUAUUACCUUUUUAAGGAGGAACCAAAAAAAAGCGCCUCUGAUAAUGAUGAGGCAGAGACAAAAAAAAGUAGAAAAUAUACCCAUCCGAAACGCCCAAAUAUUUUAAAAAGCAUUUGGAUUACCGUAAAAAAGGAAAAGAAGAAACAGCCACUUCGACACGUGCCAAAAGAAAAAAUUGCCGAUUCUUCUUCUCACCCGCUUGAAUGUCGCGAAUAUUUCUUAAAGCCGACUUACGACCCAGUCGAUCUGAAUAACCAAUGGCUCCAAACGGAUAACUGGCAGAUCGACAAUGAGAAGGCAGUGAUAGAGUACAAGGGGAAGGACAGCUGUAGAGAAUCGAAUCAUCCCUUUCCAUUUGGAUGGCUAGACAACAGGUUACUCCUCCCCAACUGCGCACACACCAACGUGGUCGAAUAUAAGUGAAUGAACGACGCGCAGUCGUGCGGGUUGAUUUUUCGCAUCGUCGGGGAGCGCAACUACUGGGGGCUGCUAAUAGACAACAAGGUUUUAAAGCUCGUUCGCGUCAGGGAGGGCGAGUUGUUGGUGCUCAAGGAAUUCAAAGAAUUAAAGAUCAAAAGCGACGAGUGGUACGUCCUAUUUGCGCAAGAGGUGAUAAAGGACAUAAAGGUUAAGGCGGGGAAGUAUGGCGACCUGUCCGUUGACUAUCUGAGGAAAAGCGAAGACGAGUCGGAGUAUAGUACACCUAAGCAGGGCGCGUUUGGAUUGUUGGCCAACAAGGGGAACUGCAAAUUUAGGAACAUCGUAAUGUUCAUUGGUGGCGCGGUGCUGCGCGGGAAAAAGUGGAGCACAGAGUACGAAAAGCUGAAGAAGGGAACCCCCUCCCUGCUGUACAACCUGGAGGAAAUAGAGUCCCUAUAUGAAAAUUUUAAAGAUUGGUGCCCCCAGGCGUCCCUAUGUGAAAGGAGUAAAUACGAAAAU